CGAAUUAUUCCCCUGCAGUUACAGCGUCUCUUCGCUCAACUUCUGCUGCUGGAUCAGCAGGCCUUGUCAACCACAGAUCUCACAGAGAGCUUUGGGUGGAACAGUAGUGAGGAGACAAGCCAGCAUGAUGUGCAGGAGUUAAACCGCAUUUUGUUCAGUGCUCAUUGGAGGGCACAUCUGGCCAUGACCUCAUCAAGCGAUUGUACCAUGGCACCAUUGUUAACUGCAUCCAGUGCAAGGAGUGUGGCUACAUCAGUGAAAGGCAGGUUACUCCUACUAACUUCUGCGCUGCAAGAUGUUUGGAGACCUAUUUGAGGAAGAUGAAGACUUUUCAAUCCUUCCAAGCAGUCCAAACACGAAUGGCAAGAAAUCCCACCCCAGAGAUUCAAAGACCCCAGAGCCACAAGGAGACACAAGGCUUAGUGGACUGAGGAAUCAAGGUGGCACCUGUUACCUGAAUUCUCUUCUGCGGACCCUGUUUUUUACACCAGAAUUCAGAGGUUCGGCAAGGAGUGCACUGAAAAAAGCAGAAUCUUGGCCGAAUACCAAACUGAAUCCUGGAUUCGAAGCCCUUUUUGCUUUGGGUCCUAAAGAACUUGGAUCACUGGAGGAGAAAGACACGCCAGAGUCUCAGGUGCGAAUUAUUCCCCUGCAGUUACAGCGUCUCUUCGCUCAACUUCUGCUGCUGGAUCAGCAGGCCUUGUCAACCACAGAUCUCACAGAGAGCUUUGGGUGGAACAGUAGUGAGGAGACAAGCCAGCAUGAUGUGCAGGAGUUAAACCGCAUUUUGUUCAGUGCUCAUUGGAGGGCACAUCUGGCCAUGACCUCAUCAAGCGAUUGUACCAUGGCACCAUUGUUAACUGCAUCCAGUGCAAGGAGUGUGGCUACAUCAGUGAAAGGCAGCAUAAUCUGGAAGACUCCGUAUAUGCCUAUGAGCUCUUCUCUGUUAUUAUACACAAGGGCGGCUGUUAUGGAGGUCAUUCUCAUGCAUAUAUUCAAGAUGUCGAUGAGCUGGGGCAUCGGGGACUCAAGGUGAGCAUGACUUCAUAUAAUGGGAAAUAUUUCUCAUUGUUAUAUAUAUUUGUUAUGAGUAGAACUUUUUUUUCAUUUUAUUUUGGAGACCUAGGUCAUUACAGGGAAUAAUUUCUUUAGCAAGCAGGGUGUACAAAGCAUUGCCUCAGGAACAGAUGGACAACGGAACAGGUGGUUUAUGCUGAAUUUCAGGGCUGCUAAUACAAGAUAUAUAUAAUUUUGUUUUAGUUAAAAAAGGCGACAACAACAAAAAUAAUGAAGACCAAGAAGAAGUAUGCUCAACUUGCUCUAUUGUCAUGUAUGAUAUACUUAAUAUGUUUUGUUGAUUAUUAUUAUUUUUUGGAAAGUUCACUUCUUUUUCAUCCAUAAUUAUUUAUGGAGUAAGUUAUGUUUCAGUAUUUGGCCCCAAGGUCAACAUACAUGCACAGAUAUUUGGCGGUAAGACCAAAACGAUCUAAAACUCCCAAUUAAAACUAUCGGUAUGUUACUAAAGGUUACUAAUAAGUCUGUUUUCUUGAGAGGAAGUGAGGAGCCAAUUCUAACCUGCACUUUACCUGGGUACCCAGCAGGGCCAGAGCUAGGGAUAGGCACAAGAAGCAUGUGCUAAGGGUGCAUUAAAGAGGGGGGUUGCUGGGCAUUUACCUCUUCGACUACCCUUCUGAAUCUGCCUCACUGCUGCUUAUCCAUGCUGCGGUGCUCUGUUCACCAUAGCACAUUACAACCCCUCCAACCCCUGCUCCUCAGCGGUAGCCACGGCACUGUGGCUGUGGGAGGUGGAUGGCCAAGCUUGGGUGGGGGGGCCAAUGAUGCUAGUCCCGCCGCUGGUACACAGACAGCAUACCUGCGAGCCAACAGCAUGGUCAAGGAUUUUCCACCUAAAACCUGACCGUCUUGUGGGUAUUCUGCAGGUAACCUGAUGCAGGUCUUUUAACAGGGGGUGGUAGGGGUCAAUUACUUUGUUCUGACUUGGAGAUCACAGUGAUUAUUCAGUAUCAGGUAGAAUCAAUUAUCUAUAUACAAAUUAUCUAUAUACAAGUAUGGAACCUGUUAUCCAUCAAGGUUGCUUGGGACCUGGGCUUCUCCAGAUAAGGGAUCUUUCUGUA